AUUUAUUUAUUUAUUAGAAGGGGUUAUUGGCAUGCAUGGUACCGAUUUCUCCAUUGUUGCUUCUCUUUCAACCCAAGCCCUAAAUCUCAAUCCUCUCAAGUUCAAAUUCAAUGUCUAGCUGUUACAGUUCACAAUCCAAAGAUGGAUUUCAACUUAUGGAUAACAAUGGCAUCAAGAAAAGGCUUAAAUCAUCAUCAUCAUCAUCAUCAUCAUCAUCAUCAUCAAUGGUGGGUUGUGAUGACAGAAUUUCGAAACUUCCUGAUUCAAUGAUCUUUCACAUUCUAUCGUUUCUCCCAACUGAAGAAAUGGUCCGGACAUGCCUUCUUUCUAAGCGUUGGAAGCUCAUCUGGUAUUCAGUUCCAACACUCUUUUUCUCCAAUACUACUGCCGAUGAAAUUGGCUUAGAAAAGUUUUGGAAUUAUGUCGAAAAUUUUUUGGAACACCGCAAGAAAGGUACGUACUUUAUGGGCGAUUCAGAUGUAACUAGUUUUAAGCUUAUGAUUAAGAGUGGUUUCUUUCGAAGAAUUAAGGCUGGUUUACUAGAUAAAUGGUUAGGUUUUGCAGUUGAGAAUAAGGUUAAGGAAAUGUAUCUAUCCAUAGGCCAAGAGAAUUUUGAAGAAAGUAAUAGCUAUUGCUUACCUAAAAUACUAGACAAUGCAAGAUAUUUGACUAUUUUGGAGUUGGAUAGGGUAAAGUUGGACUCUUCUCAUUCAUUUACCUUUCCAUACUUAAAGACUUUGUCAUUGGAAAGAAUUCAUCAAUCUGAUACUUCAAAAGAUGAUGUGGUGUUUAAGUUUUUGUUGGGUUGUUCUUGUCUUGAGAAAUUGCGGUUACAUAGAUAUAAAUUCUUGAACAUUGAUGGUAAGCUCCCAUUGCAAAGUUUAAGCCUCAAGUUCUUGGAAGUGAAAGAUUCAGCAAAUGUUGAUGGCUUAAAAGUUGAAGCCAUAAAUCUUGAAUCUUUGGUAAUAACUGGAACUUCUGUGUACAAUAUGAUUCACUCUGCUUGUAAGAAAAUUAGAAAUCUGUCAUUAGAUGAUACUAGUUAUGAUUUCGAGCUUUUAUUACGUACUCUUAUUGAUAAUAAUCCACUUCUUGAGAAUUUGACUUUGAGCACUUGCUAUACAUAUGACUUUCUUUUCAAAAUCUCGGGUGAACACUUGAAAAGUUUCAAUUUUAAGAAUCGUUGCUUAUUUGAGAGCAAGAUUACAAUUGAAUCAACUCCGAAAUUAGCAUAUUUUUGUUACGAAGGUACUAUCGAUCUAAGCCUAUCAAUAGAGCCGUCUAAUUCCUUGAGUGGAAAAAUUGUGAUACAUGAGGGGGGCCAUUAUGUAUUUUGUGGCUAUGAUGCAGCUUGGUUUACUGAUAUGUUGAAUUUUCUUUUGAAUCUCAAUUGCUCUUGGAAUAUUGUAAGCCUACAUGCUAGUAGAUGUCAGGCUCUCAUUUGGCCCGAAAAUUUGAAGAGGGUAUGUCGUUCGCCAUUGCUCAAUUGGAAGCAUCUCAGAGUUAUUACUAAAGAUAGUGAUCCUGAAAGAAUAUCAGAUUUGAAGGACUCGAUGAUGUGGAUUUCACCAUCCUUAGAAACAUUGUCUAUUAACAAAAUGCAGAUAUUUUAGUUGCUUUAAAAUAUUGUAACUGCUGAAUAUAAGUUGAAGUCUUUUAUUAGUUUUGGAAAAUGGUAGUGUAGUCUUUUAUUUUAGUAGUAGCUUUGUACUAGUGAGAUGAACUUGACUACUUUACUUUGCAUAAGAAUGAAAAUAUUUCUCUCUUAUAUUCUAA